CUCACACCAUCUCUUCCUGUUACUCCUAAAUAACUCGUGUAGCCUAGGCUCCGUUCGCAAUCGGAUUGUCUUCAUUUUCUGUAAGAAGGAAUUCAACACACUGUGUUCGGUGCCGAACCAAGAAUAUGUUUACGGUGAACACAAGCAGCCUAAACCCCGCCCUGCUUACGCAGGUAACCUCAGUGGACGGUGGCCGAAAAGGGACAAUGGUUUCCAUGUUAGCGACAAACGCCCUCCAGGUAGCUCUUGAACCUGGCAGUUUUAAGACUGCUGAGGAGCAAGGAAGUAGCUUAGGAAGCCGGUGCCCCUUAUAGGACAGGAGCCAUGCAGCGCCGGGGCCUAGUGGCGGGGCCAGACUUUGAAUACUUUCACCGUCGGUAUUUCACGCCGUCAGAAGUAGCGGAACACAACGAGCCCGAAGACCUUUGGGUGUCUUACCUGGGAUAUGUGUACAAUCUAACGCCGCUUGUACAGGAGUUUAAAGGAGACCUACUGCUGAAACCCAUUCUGGAAGUUGCAGGCCAGGACAUUAGCCACUGGUUUGAUCCAAAGACCAGAGACAUUCGCAAGCACAUAGAUCCGUUGACUGGUUGCUUGAGAUACCGCACCCCACGGGGCCGCUUCGUGCACAUCCCACCUCCUCUGCCUCGCUCAGACUGGGCCAAUGACUUCGGGAAGCCCUGGUGGAAGGGGUCGAAUUACCAGGUGGGGCGGCUGUCUGCCAAGACCCGGAACAUCCGUAUUAUUAACACUCUUACAUCUCAGGAGCACACACUGCAGGUGGGGGCUCUGGAAUCAAUGUGGGAAAUCCUACACCGCUAUCUCCCCUAUAAUGCACAUGCUGCCAGCUACACAUGGAAAUAUGAUGGGAAGAAUCUGAACAUGGAUCAUACCCUGGAAGAAAAUGGAAUCCGAGAUGAAGAAGAAGAGUUUGACUAUCUUAAUAUGGAUGGUACAAUUCAUACACCUGCAAUACUGCUCUACUUCAAUGAUGACCUCACAGAGCUAUAGGGAAGGAGAUAUGCAUGUACACUCAAGACAUAUUUGAGUUUGCCUCUUUCUGUGCCUUGAGGUAAAGAGGUAUGGGUCUGUAGAGCUUAGGCCUAGACCCCUAUUGCCCUCUGGAAACUGGCCUGUGGUUCUUGUGCCUUUGUGAAAUGUAAGGACCCUUAUCCCUAGUUCUUCUAUGAUUUGCUCAGAGAAUAUUAGUGGGGAGAGAAUUAAUUCCUAUAAAUGAUAGGGAGAGACCUAGGGUAUUUCAGUUGGAAUGUAUAGAGGAGGUAGAUGUCAGG